GGUCGUGACGUGUGGAGGUCAAGGGUGUCUGCGGCUGGGUUGUCGACAUAUAAUUUAUGAAUACAAACAGCACGCUGUCAGUGGACAUGAAUGAGCAUUUGUAAGAAGUGGAUGUUACAGGAUGUUCCGUGGUUUUGCUGUGAAAGCUCUAUGCUUUGUUGGUUACACCGUCCAGUAUGGCUGCAUCGCUCAUUGUGCCUUUGAGUAUAUUGGGGAAUUUGUGUCGUGUUCAGGACCUUCCAUGGAGCCGACCAUCACUAACCACGAUGUGGUUUUCUCAGAGAAAAUAAGUCGUCACCUCUAUCAAAUUCAGAAAGGUGACAUAGUCAUAGCCAAAAGCCACUUUGAUCCAAAGAUGAACAUUUGUAAACGAGUGAUCGGACUUGAGGGGGACAAAAUCUGUACCAGCGGACCAUCUGACAUCUUUAAAACACACACUUUUGUACCAAGAGGGCAUGUUUGGCUUGAAGGCGAUAACCUUCGGAAUUCCACAGAUUCCCGAAGCUAUGGCCCCAUUCCCUACGCCUUGAUCCGAGGACGCGUUUGCUUAAAGUUGUGGCCACCACAAUGCUUCGGUGGAUUGGCUGAUAGUCCUAAUGACGGACGCAUUUUAUGAAGAAAAUGUCUUUGUGUUGUAUGUGCAGGGCUCUAGACUGCGACCAAAAUGCUUGCAUAUGUAACCGUUUUUUUAUAACGUGCGAUGUAACAUAUCACAGGGUUGAAUUGGCGCGAGUGCGUAAAAUUAAAACAGUUGAAGACCUAGGUGUUAUAUUAGACAGUUUCUUUGCAUUUAUUUUGGAUUUAUUGGGCUCGCAAGUGUUGAAGUUCAAAUAUGAAGUGGUCUAUAGCCGACUAUUUUAAAAUACAGAGUGACAAAUUAACGGAAUGAUUGAACAACUAAGGUCAUUAUGCAAGGUCUUUAUGAUUACUAUUAAAAAGGGUGCGACCAAAUUGUAAGGUGACCAACUGAGAGAGUGUGUCGCACUAGUGCGACCAGUGGGAAAAAGCAGUCUAGAGCCCUGCUGUGAUAAUAUUUUUGCAUUAUUUUUAAUAAAUUCAUAUUUAUGAUAA